AUCUCCGACCCGCGUCCCACGUGAUCACUUUGUUGACGCGAAUUAUUCAAACCAUCACACUUCCAUCUAACCCUCAUGGCCCCAAUCUCAUUCAGCGGUACAAUUCCUUCAAAGAAGAAGGCUGAUCUUCAGGCUAUCGCAGUAGCUCUGGACAUCAGUGAUUCUGGAACAAGAGAGGAUCUACAAGGCAGAAUCAAACGUCAUCUCGAACAACACCAAUCCAAAUAUGAAGAUGACCCUACGUUCUCUGGUUUAUACGGGAAGAGGAAGAAGAGCGCACAACCUCCUAUAGGUUCACCAGAUGAACGGGAAGAGAAACCCCAGAAGAGCCCCCAAAACACCCGCAGUCGUCGUAUCGUCCCCCUUGACCCACGUGAGACAACCCCUGUAGACGAUAUGCGCAACGUAUCUAUGAUGCUCAAGAAUCUUCCCAUAUCCCCUGACGCUGAGUCUACUCCUACCACAUCUACUAGACCUUCUCCCCAGAAGGAGCAACGUAAACCAGAAAGCGCGCUACCUGUCGCGUCCGUUCAAAAAACGCGUCCAGCCUCCAAACCUAUCGCCGAAGUGGCUCGUGAAUCUCUCGCAAAGCUACAAGUCAGCGUGCAGAAACACACCCGAACCACCUUGUUGACAACGCGUGCCGUCCUCUCGGACUCUACCAAUAUCUGGUUCAUCACUGCUCUCCUCGAGCUAUUCUACAUCCUCUACAUGAUUAUUCCAUGGCAGACCUUUGAGCUAGCACCAGGCUCGCCUAGUCAAUUUUACCUUGCGAUCCCCUAUCCCCCUGCUCGCACCUUCUUACAACCACCCUUCUGGACCGUUCUAAUCCACUGGUCGAUACCCACCAUCCUCAUCCCCCUCAUCUUCGGCCUCCUCGUCUCCUUCCACCCCGCUAAUUCUACAUCCGCCCGGACCCCACGAGUCAUCGCACUCGAUCCCCUCUCAGCUUCUAUUGUUCGUCUGGCAGCCCAUGUCGCCUACCCCUUCCGCGCCCUCAAUGCGUCCCUCCAAGGCGUAGAUGUUAUCGGUCAGAAAUGGCGCCUCUUGACAGCAUCUGUCGUAGUGGCAUUUGCGUUCGCAGAAGCCAUUUUCAACGCGCCCGGUGCGUUUGCAGAGUCAAGGGUACGUUUACGCGCAGCCACCCCUAGGCGUACUGUCCCAUCUGAAGAUACGCCCGUCUCUAUCACCGUCACCGGUGAAUCAUGAGUUUUGCUCGUUGUGUACAUUCUACUAUGUUAUGUGACGACUCGUUCAUGAUCGAUUUAUCUCUUUCCUUUUUUUUCGUUGUGCCUUAUCGAGUUGCUGUUUUGUUAGCGCCGAGACUGUAUUUAUUCUUUACCUAUUGGCAUUCUAUGACCUGGAGUAUUACUACUACUACUGUUUCUGUCGCAGCAUUGAUAUGCGCGAGUUCUUUUAUGUCGUGUUUAGUACCAUCCCCUGUCCAAUAUAUCAAUAUCGAUAUUACUAUGGCGUGUAUCAUCUUGGAUGUUUCCGUACCCUCAUCUUGGACCUUGGUAAAUGAUUAUUUGGUUUAGUGGCUGCCCGAG